CAAUGGCGCUGAUCCAGACUCCAAACGACAACUGACUCUGAAUGUACCCAUUCAGAUUUUGAACAAUUUCCGAAAAAAUACAUGGAGACAGAGAUUCAGUCCUGGAGCGUUGAAGAUAAGGAACGUUUCCAAGCACUUGAGGCCCGGUUCUUUGUACAAGAUUUUGGAAAGAUAUGGAAACCGUUGCAAGAUGCAGGUUGGACCUACCAAGUCUCCAAUGGAUCCUACAUAUCCCCGCCACCAUUCAACUAUGCCUGUGCAACGGCGCAGCAUGUCUGUGAUCUCUUAAACGAGACAGUGGUAUUGGAAGUCUACAGUAAUUUGCAAAGUAGUAGUUUAUCUGGACUUGGCAGGAACGAGGAAGAAGCUGGCAGUCUAACUGCGGAGGAGCUUGCUCAACUUCGCAAACAAGCAAUUUACUACUACUUCCUAAAGCGUAGAGCUUCAAAAUCAAAGCUUAAAGACAAUGGAGGAGAAGGAGACCCUUCCGUCGAAAAAGACUCCAAAGACAAAGACACGUGUACCGCCGUUGGUCAUGAGAAGAGUUUUCGCGGGGAAUCCCCGAUCCCAAAAGGACGACAUUCACUCCGAGUAUCAAGUCGCGCAACAGCCGUAGACCUCCCUCAUUCAUCCGCGACAACACUGGAAAAGGGAUCCAAUCUCUAUUUGCACAAGAAUUCCAAAAGAACUCGCCAGGCACAGCAACGGUCUGCGUUACGAACCGCAGCAACUCAGGAUGACGCUGCAGUACCUUUGAUUCGACCUAGUCUCGAUGAAUGUGCGGCGUUGAUAUCUUCCUACCCUAUAUCUGAAGUAGAGGAUACGGAGAAUUCUCUUCAGGAAAGGUUUCCGGAAUGGCGGUUUUUACUGUCUACCAACCAUUCCCUUUUGUUCUACGGGGCAGGGUCGAAACGGAAUCUCAUGAAUGAAUUCGCGCGGCGGGAGCUGGACAAGGAAGGGUACGUGGUGAUUAUCGACAGCACCGACCCGGACGUCAACAUUAAUGCCGUGUUGGAUUUGUUGGUGACUCUUUUCUGCAGCGGCACUGAACCACGGCCCAUGUCCGCUAUUCCUUUGGACAAUACACCAGAAGUGCCAGUCGUGGGACGGUCCAAUCCUUGGAAGGCCCCACCGUUGGUGGAACGGGCCAUUGCGAUUGGGCGAGCAUUGGCCAGAUAUGCUACGAUUGGCGAUAAUCCCACGUAUACGCCUAUCUUUCUCGUGUUUUACAAUAUGGAUGCGGGAGGCAUGGCAACUCGCAUAGCGCAAGACGCUUUGGCUUCAUUGAUCGUCAACAGCACCGUCGCGAAUGGGAUUCAGUCCGUCCGAGUGAUCGCCAGCGUUGACCUGGUCGAUGCACCAUGGCAAAUGUGGUCGUCAUCGACCGCCGCCAAUUUUUCAUGGUUUCAUCAGGAAGUCCACACCCACCGUCCGUAUGUAGAGGAACUGACUACACUUCGAGACCAAGAGGCACGGCAAUUAGAUAAACGUUCAAACGGUAAGAAAAGUAGCUUUUUCACAAACGAGACGACAUCACAAGCGUCGAGCGAUCGAAUCUUGCGGGUAUUACAAAAUCUGGCCCCCCGACAUGCCGAAGUGGUACAAAUACUUGCUAGACUUCAACUCGACAGCAACCAGGAUUGGAUCGAAUAUCGUGAUUUUUGCAACGCUUGCAAAAAGGCGUGUGUGAUUGCCAAAGACUCUCAGUUGCGCGCCUUUUUAUCGGAGUUAACGGACCAUGAGUUGAUCGCAAUGAACACGACUGCAAAUGCGAACAGGAAAACGGUGCGGGUGCCGCAUCCACGAGCGCAACUACAAGAAAUCUUGGCUAUGCCACGUAAACAUUGA